AUGGAAGAGAAAUACUGCGUAUUAAAACGUCUAAUUUACGAAGCAUGUCGAGACAAACAGCAAGACGAUAAUGGCUGCAUACCAAAUAGACAUCCCAAACGCGAGGAAAAAGUAUUACCUGUGGUGUCCAAAGAGCUUUAUGAUAAAAUCAGAGAAGAAUUGUUACCGUACGAUACGAACUUAUUUUAUUUUGGAUUGAAAAUAUUUUGGUCUUUUGUAUUCUCAUUUGGUAUGCUUCAGCUAAUCAAUAUGCUAAAUGAAUUCAAUGUUACUGGUGUAGUUCAAGUUGUGACAACUGCGAGUCUCGGUAUCAUGCCGCACAUAUUCAAUAUGGUAGGGUUGAAAAUAAGCGAAGAAAGAAAAAAAGCAUGGGAGGAAAAGUUGAAAUUGAAUGUGAAAUACAUGGUGGAAGAAUUAGUUGGUGAAGAUUCAGAACGAGUUCGGACGGUUUUGAUAAUGGAAGAGGAUAAUGAUACGACAUCUGAAGAAAAUAUUCAAGAUUCUGAACAUGUUCAAGCUAGCUCUGACUUAAAUUCACCUGAUAACGUUGAAGAUCCUGAACUAGCCGGAGUUCUGGUAAUACAAGAUGAUAUUGACACGAGAGCAGAUGAGAAUGUGCAAGCCAGAUCUGACUUAAAUCUACCUGACAAUGAUGACGUUGAAGAUCUAGCGCCGACUUUGAUAAGACAAGAGAAUAAUGACACGACAGCUGAGGAAAAUAUCCAAGAUUCUGAACAUGCUGAAGCCAGGUUUGACUUAAAUCUACCUGACGAUUAUGACGGACUUCCGAUUGUGAUAAUACAUUCACCGCCUGUUACGGAGACAUCCAUGAGAGCGGAUGACACGACAGCGGAUCACGCGACAGCGGAUGACCGGACAGCGGUUGACACGACAGCGGAUGACAGGACCGCGGUUGAUACGACAGCGGGUGAAAUAGCGGAUGACACGACAGCGGAUGACAGGACAAUGGUCAUCAGGCCUGUCUUAAAUCCAUCUGACAAUGAUGACGUUGGUGAUGCUGAACUAGCGGGAACUGUGACAAGACAAGAGUAUAAUGACACGACAGAUGAGGAAAAUAUUCAAGAUUCUGAACGUGUUGAAGGGUUUGAGUUGGAUCUGUAUGAUAAUGAUGACAUAAGUAGUGAACGUGAGACCUUAAUUCAGCACGAAACAUCCGUGUAA